GAGAAAUGCCCUGUGCCCCCGCCGCGGCGCGGGGGACAAGGGUCGUCGCGCUCCGGGCCGGGCCACACUGACUCCAGCGCGUUAUCGGGAGCAGCGAGCGGCGCCCUGCCGCGCGCGGGAGGCGGCCGAUAGGGCGGGCAGGAGUGGGGGCACAAUCUAGGCGCCCACACCCGGCGGGCUGCGCGCCUCGGGGUCGCCCGGGCGCCAAGUGGGGCAGAGAGCGCGCCACGAGCCGUUGCAGACGAGGCCCCCCGGGGAGUUGCAGGCCCCAGCCGGACGCCAGUCACGGGGUUGCUGCCGGCAGGGAGCCGACGCCCGCGUGUGCACGAGCUCCGGGACGAUGUCCGCCAGAGCCCACGGCGGCUUCGCGAGCGAGGCGGCCCGGCAGGUCCUGGCCGGCGGCUCCGCGGGUCUUGUAGAAAUUUGCCUGAUGCACCCCCUUGACGUGGUGAAAACCAGGUUCCAGAUUCAAAGAUGUGCAACUGAUCCAAACAGUUACAAAAGCUUAGGAGACAGCUUCCGAAUGAUUUCCCGAACAGAAGGGUUGCUUGGUUUCUACAAGGGAAUCCUGCCACCCAUCUUGGCCGAAACACCCAAAAGAGCAGUAAAGUUUUUCACCUUUGAGCAGUACAAGAAAUUACUGGGAUAUGUGUCACUGUCACCAGCAUUGACAUUUGCCCUUGCUGGAUUGGGAUCUGGACUAACAGAAGCCAUCGUGGUUAAUCCUUUUGAAGUAGUAAAAGUUGGCUUGCAAGCCAAUCGGAAUACAUUUACAGAGGUAAUCAUUUAA